CAACAACAUUCAGAGGAGAGAUCCCCGCAGCUGGGAAGCCCUGUUGGGAGCGGACUACUGUGGGCGUCAUGGGCGAACUUUGUUUCUGUUUUGGAUGCCUAUGGUGAAUGCUGUCAUGUUGAAGAGGCGCUUCUGAACGCAGGUGUGGCAUCUCCUCCCUCCAAGAGCUGUCUUGUUGGUAGUGUUCUUGUGCAUGUAAAUAUAACCACUCAUCAUGAUCAAGCAGUCUUCCUUCCUCAAGUGGGCCCAAAACAACAAGAAUUCCGUCAAAAGCAAAAGCGAAGAUGAGCCAGGUGGCCGUAGAUGGAUCCAUCCAGCAGAUGCUCUCCAGAAAGGACAUGUUGCGUAUCUGGUCAAGUUUCUCGGCUUCACUGAAGUGGAACAGUCCAAAGGCAUUGAAGUUGUUCGAGAAGGAAUACGCAAGCUUAAGUUUAAUCAGCAGUUGAAGAGGUCUGAAGGCGGCAAGGUACCGAAAGUGGAGCUGACGAUUUCAGUCGAUGGUGUUGCCGUGCAAGAUCCCAAAACAAAGAGGAUAUUUCACCAGCACCCGCUGCAUCGUAUCUCCUACUGUGCGGAUGACAAAACCGACAAGAAGUCAUUCAGCUUCAUUGCCAAGGAGUCGGAUGGCGAACGGCACUCGUGCUUCGUGUUCUCCAGCGAAAAGUUGGCUGAAGAAAUCACGCUGACCAUAGGACAGGCAUUUGACUUGGCUUACAGGAAGUUCCUUGAAACUUCAGGCAGAGACCUUGAGAUGAGGAAACAGUUCAUGAUUCUUCAAAAAAGGGUACAAGACCUGGAAGAAGAAAACAGUCGACUGCGCAAGUUUCUUCGGGACGGCGAUUAUGCGCAUGGGGACGGUGUAACCUCCCAUACAGAAACAACCAACCACAAGCCAAAGGCUAAGGUUCGAGCAAUCUCUACAAAUGGUACCAGCAAACCCAGCUCAAGUAACGUGGUCCCAGAGCCUUUGCCACCUCCUGUGCCUCCCCGUGGUGCUGACCUCGGCCAGCCUUCACAAGACCUCCUUGGCCUGACAGUGCCAACUGUUGGCACGCGUCUAGAAAAUUUGUCCAUGGAUGACCUGGAAGAUUUCAAUCCAAGAGCAGAGACUGAGCCAGUACAAGCCAAAACUAAUGGGUGUUCAGAAGUAUCCACCAACGGUACAACAGACAUGCCAUCCAGCGUUGCCGCCUCCAAGGACCUCUUCGGUGCAGAACCGUUUUCGCCCACGAAAGAGGAAGACCCCUUCGGCAUGGGUGACUUCUCGGAUAAUCUUGGAGCUCAGGAGCUGGAGAACGCGAUUGGCAUAAUUGACCGCAGGCUUAACGAAAUGAAGGAUGGUUUCAGCCGAGGACUCUCCUUCGGAAAGGAUGACUUUCUUCUUGAACAGUUGGACCCAUUGGGAAGCAAGCCACUUGCCUGAAUUGAUGAGUGUGAAAAUUGAGUCAGCAAUGUUAUCGUUCCCCGCACUUUUUUUUUAAUUGAAGCUGUUUUAAGCUGAAUUUUGAAUUUCCUCGGAGUUUUCUUCAUUUUUUCCAUGUAAUUUUGUCAUUUCUCGUACUAGUAGUAAGGCACAACACGGCAGAAGCAAGCUGUGUGUUCGGAGUAUGGACCACACAUAUUAUACACCCUAGCCUACUUUCGUUUCGUUGUUUUAGAUGUGUUUGUUGUGAGAGGCACAUAUAAUCUCUGCAAGUUCACGUGUGUCGAUGCUUUACGGCACAUUUUCAUUCCGCAGUUCUCCAGAAGACUGCUUCAGCAGAACCAAACUAGCAUUUUUUUUUCCCCUACGACAAGCGUGAACGAUGUUUGGUGCUUCAUUACUACUGCUUUUGCACUCGCGUCAAAGGUCGCAGAGGGGAACAGCGUAUGGGUGCACAUGUAUUUUUUUAACUGUCUCAAAAGGCUAGUCUCCCAAGACGAAAGCCUUUUGUUGUUUUUGUUUGUUUUUUAAAACACCAGCCUAUCUUUAUACGUGAAGGUGCUUAUUUUUUUUUCACUUGCUGCGAGUGUUGAGUGUGUUGCCACAGAGGCUAUGCAGUUGGAUGUGCGUAUAACCAACCCCGAAUAUAGAGAAGUAUUUUAGCUUGUUGGCCUCGGCCAACGCUGGUUCCAUCGCGCGAGCAGAGCCAGGCAUUAGAGCUGUGAUUCUUUCCCCCCCCUUUUUUUUACUUUUCCAUAGCUUUCUCUCCCUCCUUUCGCACAAGAUUAUACGCAGAUAACAUAUCUAGGUGUACAUCUGUUAAGGCUUACCACCACUGUAUAGGAAACCAUGCACCACUUUUUUCAUCCAUCUUGAAGUGUCUUAACAGAUGUCAUGCCUGAACUGAAUGUAGCUAGGUCUUGUUCUAAUAACUUCCUACCGCAAUGGCUGAUACAUUUCCGAAGAGAUUCGAGGGAGGGGGAGUAGUUGCGCGUAUGCCGAUGUCAGGGAGGGUGGCUGUAACCUCCUAAUAGCAAUAAUGCAGAUUUAAUGUAAUUAAGUCAUGCCCACUAUACACAUCCCAUCAUGCAUCUCAAGAGGCGAUUUGUGUGUGCUCCAAGCAUGAACUUUUAUGUAUAACCCAACAUUGGGCUGUGUUAUGAUGGAUAGGAUGGGAAAUCCUGGACAAAAGCAGCUUGGGAGUGCUAAAAAACUGUGCGUGCAAGUGACAUCAUUGCUUACAUGUGCCACUGACUUGUAUUUGGUCUUUUUGAACACCCAGCCCAACAGUGUGCACCAAUUUUAAACCAGCUGUAUUUGAAGACUCUCUACUGGCUCCAAGCCUGAAACUUCUACUGGGGUUUAAUGCUUUCUUAACAAAGUACUGUGACCUGCGUACUUAGUUUGAUUGCGCUAAAUUUUGGAAGUGGAGCAUUUAAAAGCGCUUCCACAGUUGAAAGUAUGAACCCUGCGACUUUGAACAUCAGCGGGGCAAUACUCCAAAUGGGUUUGUACAUGAGAAUACUGUAGAUAGAUCGUCAGCCAUUGGGGCUAUUUAUGCCAAGGAACAUAAAUAUUUAAAGGUCCGAGCAGUUAAGAGGCCUUAAACUUGAUAGGAUUGUAAAGUUUUAAAAUAUUUUGCUGGUCACAGUAUUUCCACUACAGGUCAAUGUAAGGAUUGAGAGACGUAGUGUGCCAUGUUGCAACGCAUUUUUUAAUAGAAACCAGGUUGGAGCUGUGGAAUCAGUUAAAAUUUGUUAUUGGUGUAAAGAUGUUGUACGAAUGUUUUUCCUAAAUGGUCGUUGCUCUCUACAUGCUAUGCAAUUUGAUGGUGACAUGAUAGUACUCAUACAUUGAAAGUAUCACACUUUAAAGUUUUCAUUCUUCCUCUUUUUUGAAGUUCAUACCAGUUAACAGUGAGCCUGUGUGAAAGAGUAUUUGGUUUGAAUUUAACUGCUCUUAUUCUGCAGAGAGAAGAGCCUUCAUUUGAAAUGUACUGAAUUCCUGAAUCUCUACUUGUCUGUACUGACAGUUGUUGCAGGCAGUUGUCAUAAGUAUCAAGCAGAUCUACUGUCAUUUGCACCCAGAAGAAAGCGCCACUUGAAAAAUGUUGGUUCAAAGAUGUGUAAUGUGACAUUGUUUGUUGACAAUAAAGCUGUUUUUUU